AUGGGUCUGGAGGCAGCAGAAGAGCAUCUCAGACAUGUCGAAAAGGAUGUUUUGAUCCCUAAAAUAAUGAGAGAGAAAGCCCGAGAGAGAUGUUCUGAACAAGUUCAAGGCUCUGUCAACUACUGCCAGCAACUUAGGUUUCUGACUGGCUUGGGUUUAGUCUUUCAGAUUAAGUGGCCCGUCUUCUACUCUUUUCUCAAGUCCAAUUUUACCAAAUGUUGCAAGGACUCUGGAAUCCUUAUGGUAGUAAAAUGCCGAAAAGAAAAUUCUGCAUUGAAAGAAUGUCUAACUGCUCAUUAUAAUGAUCCAGCCUUUUAUGAAGAAUGCAAAAUGGAAUACCUGAAGGAAAGGGAAGAAUUCAGAAAAACUGGAAUUCCUACCAAGAAAAGGCUACAGAAGCUUCCCACAAGCAUGUAGGCAAAUAUUCAGCGAUACUCAAGAGCUCUGAUAUUCAUGGAAAUCAUUAUCACCUGAAAUAAUGGACUCAAGGAAGUGUUUGCUUUAUCCUAAAUGAUGGAAAUAUUAUCUGAAAU